CUGAUAUCCUGAGUGAUUUUCAUUCAGUGGUUGUAAUGCAUUCCUUUCCCAGCUCAAGCAAGGCAAGUGACACUCCUAAACCAAAAAACCCACCCUGGCUGGCACUGGUGCAAUCAGAAACAAAGAAGAAACCAGCACCUCGCCCACCCAGAGGUAUAGCCCUACCUCCCUGCACUGGUUCAUCUCCGUCUCGAAAGGAGGAGGGAUCCAGACCAUCCACUCCUCCAAAUCCCUUUGAUAAUGAGAAGGAAGAGGAGCCAGAAACGGAUCCUGAAGAUCCCCCUGGUCCUGUAGUGGCUAGUCAUCCCUGGUAUGGGAUCACUCAGGCUGCUGAAGCCGCAGGUGGGGACACAAAAAGACAAAGUCCUGCCCCUUCAGAAAGUCCCGUAAGUGUCAGAAGAAAGAAGCGACCAGCACCCAGAGCUCCAAAAUCUUCUACAUCAGCUUUUCCUUCAUCUCAGACUUCCUCUCCUGCUUCUUCUCUAGCUCCGAGCACAGAGAGCCUUUCCUCCUCUUCCUCAGACUACAGUGCUGUCCCCCAGCAACCUGCUGCUAACCAACAGGAUCAUGUGUUCACCAAGAGUGUAUCUGAACCAUCAAUCAACACUCCUACUUCUGCCCUGACCCCAACAACUGAGCUUCAGCCUCACUGUUCUCCAAACCUUUCUCCUCCACCACCACCACCACCUACCAAUACCAGCUCAGCACCCGCCACCCCACAAACCAGUCGCAGUAUGAGACCACCUCCAUCCCGCCCCUCUGCAGGGUUAAAACUUUCACCCUCUCCACAGACACCCAGCACUCCAGGCAAGCGCACUUGUAAAGAGAAUCCAUUUAAUCGGAAGACGACCACUUCUGUCAGCUCUUUUGUAUCCAGACCCCCAAAAGGGCCCCGUCCUGCACGACCUCCUGCUCCUGGACAUGGAUUUCCUCUCAUUAAACGCAAAGUUCAGUCAGACGAGUAUAUCCCAGUAGAAGACAUCCAUGUUGAAAUGAGUGACCUGGAGAAACGGUUGGAUGAACUGGAGCGGAGAGGGGUGGAUCUGGAGAAGAGCUUACGAGAAUGUUCAAAUGACGAUGAGGAGGAACAUCUACUUGUUGACUGGUUUACUCUAAUUCAUGAAAAACACCUACUGGUACGGAGAGAGGCUGAGCUGGUCUACACAGCUAAGCAGCAGAACCUGGAGGAAAGGCAGGCCGAUGUGGAAUAUGAGCUUAGAUGUUUACUUAACAAGCCAGAGAAAGAAUGGGCGGCAGAAGACAAAGACAGGGAAAAGCAAUUGAUGGCAGAACUUGUCACUAUAAUUGAGCAGAGGAACCAGAUUGUUAACAGCAUAGAUAUGGACAGACAGAGGGAGGAGGAGGAAGACAAACUAGUAGCUGCUAUGCUGAAGAAAAAAGAUUUUCAUGGACACGGUGAGCAGAAGAAGAAAGCAGGGAAAUUUAAGCCCAUGAAGGUUUUGAAGAGACUGAGCACCAAGAAUGAAGGAGUAAAGGACAACAGUCCCCGAAAAGAGAACAGUUGAAGAAUGGACUGACUGAGGGAGA